AAGUGACCCACGUUGCCAGUGACAGGGGUGGGCUGAGAGUGAUGACGCGGGGCUGAAGAGGCCACGCGGCUGAGGCGCGACAGGCAUCUCUCUGGGCACGGAGCUCGGCGGGAGCGGCGGAGUGGCGCUCCGGUCGCUUGGAGUUCCCUUGAAGGAAGGAGCAGCGGAUCAGGCCUCUAGCAGGGGGCUCAGCAGAGACACUACGAGAAGGACGCUAGCGGCCGCAAAGAUGACAACGUGGAGGGGCAGUAGUGGCAAGGAGAUGAUCUAAAGAAACUAUAUCUGCGAGGCACGAGGGGCGCCGCAGAGGGUGGCGGAGGGGAGCGGCGGGGGAAAAGCUGUGGAGGACCUAAGAGGUAGGGAACCGGCCACAGGGUCGCGGAUGUGAAAGGGUCGUGUCCUGGGCCAUAGAUGUGAAGCGGCAAUGUAGAGGGGCUGAAGCGGAUUCAGAGGAAGAGGAAUGCUUUUUGGAGGAUCCCCAGGGUCUGACCUAGUGAAGGCACCCGAACCGGGCACAUAAGACAUUUCAGGCAGUGACUUCCUCCAUUUGACUAGAAAUGUGGGUCCUUCUCCGAAGUGGGUGCCCCCUCCGCAUCCUGCUGCCCCUGCGUGGGUCGUGGAUGAGUCGGAGGGGCCUGCCACGAAACUUGGCCCCCGGCCCUCCUCGCAGACGGUAUAGGAAAGAGGCUCUCCCCGCCUUGGAGGUACCAGUGUUGCCUGUAACUGCAACUGAAAUACGCCAAUAUUUGCGAGCACAUGGGAUUCCCUUCCAGGAUGGGCACAGCUGCCUUCGGGCACCAAGCCCCUUUGUAGGGGCUUCGAAACUCAAGGACCAGACUGGUGCUACCACUUCCUUCAGUCUCUUUAUUGACAAGACCACAGGCCGCUUCCUCUGCAUGACGAGCCUAGCAGAGGGGAGCUGGGAAGACUUCCAGGCCAGCGUGGAGGGGCGAGGUGAUGGGGCCAGGGAGGGGGUCCUGCUUAGUGAGGCCCCAGAAGCUGAGAACAGUGAGGAGGUCCGGAGGAUCUGGGACCGAGCAAUACCUCUCUGGGAGCUGCCUGAACCAGAGGAGGCUCAACUGGCUCGUGUGAUGUUUGGCCUUACCAAAGUGACAGACGACACACUCAAGCGUUUCAGCGUGCGCUAUCUGCGGCCUGCUCGCAGCCUUGUCUUCCCUUGGUUCUCCCCUGGAGGUUUGGGAUUACGAGGCCUGAAGCUACUAGGGGCUGAAGACCAGGGGGGUAGAGUGCACUAUGUGGAGACCACCAUUCCCCGGCCUGGUUCCUACCACAACCUGUUCGGAUUACCACUGAUCAAUCGUCGAGAUGUUGAGGUGGUACUAACAAGUCGUGAGCUGGACAGCCUGGCCUUGAACCAGUCCACAGGGCUGCCAACCCUUGCCCUACCCCGAGGAACAGCCUGCUUACCCCCUGCCUUGCUUCCUUACCUUGAACAGUUCCGGCGCAUCGUGCUCUGGCUGGGGGAUGACCUUCGGUCCUGGGAAGCUGCCAAGUUGUUUGCCCGAAAACUGAACCCCAAGAGAUGCUCCUUGGUGCGGCCUGGAGACCAGCAGCCCUCUCCCCUGGAGGCUGUGAACCAAGGUUUAAACCUUUCCCGUAUUCUACGUACUGCCCUGCCCGCCUGGCACAAGUCUAUUGUGUCUUUCCGGCAGCUUCGGGAGGAGGUGCUUGGAGAACUGUCAAAUGUGGAGCAGGCAGCCGGCGUUCGCUGGAGCCGCUUCCCAGACCUCAAUCGUCUCUUGAAGGGACAUCGGAAGGGCGAACUGACAGUCUUUACAGGGCCAACAGGCAGUGGAAAGACGACAUUCAUCAGCGAGUAUGCCCUGGAUUUGUGUACGCAGGGGGUGAACACGCUGUGGGGUAGCUUUGAGAUCAGCAAUGUGAGACUAGCCCGGGUCAUGCUGACACAAUUUGCUGUGGGGCGGCUGGAAGAGCAACUGGACAAAUAUGAUGAGUGGGCUGACCGCUUUGAGGACCUGCCCCUCUAUUUCAUGACUUUCCAUGGGCAACAGAGCAUCAGGACUGUAAUAGACACGAUGCAACAUGCAGUCUACGUUUAUGACAUUUGUCAUGUGGUCAUCGACAAUCUGCAAUUUAUGAUGGGUCAUGAGCAGCUAUCCACAGACAGGAUUGCAGCCCAAGACUAUAUCGUUGGGGCCUUUCGGAAGUUUGCAACAGACAGUAGCUGCCAUGUGACACUGGUCAUUCACCCCCGGAAAGAGGAUGAUGAUAAGGAACUACAGACAGCAUCCAUUUUUGGUUCAGCCAAAGCAAGCCAGGAAGCUGACAAUGUUCUGAUCCUGCAAGAUAGGAAGCUGGUAACCGGGCCAGGCAAACGGUAUCUGCAGGUGUCCAAGAACCGUUUUGAUGGAGACGUAGGUGUCUUCCCACUUGAAUUCAACAAGAACUCUCUCACCUUCUGCAUACCACCAAAGAGCAAGGCGCGGCUCAAGAAGAUCAAGGAUGACAAUGGGCUGGUGGCCAAAAAGCCCUCUUCUGGCAAAAAGGGGGCUAUGUCCCAGAUCUCUGAGACCUGCUCAGGCCAGGCCCCCAACCCCUGCCAGCCAGACCUCUCCAAGCCUUCAAGGUGAAGGCAUUGCAGAGCUGGACACUAAAACGAGCCUAGCAGGACAGGCUGGGGUGGAGACUCUUUCUUACUCCUCUGCUAGGGCUGCCACUGUCUUGUGGUCCUGAGCUAUGGGCCAUUCUCAGUCUGAGGGGCCACGCCUAGAGCAGGGUUCCAUUGCAAGAGAAUUCAAUUUAGCAGAUAUUUGAGAACCACUGGGUGCCAGACUUUGUUCUAGAUCACUGACAAGACAGAUGAGGUCCCUGCUUCCACAGAACCUGUAAUCUGGUAGAGGAGACAAAACAAGCAGUGAACAUAUAUACAUGAAACAUAAUUUUAGAUAGUGAAAAAUGCUCUAAAGAAAAAGACAGUAAUGUGAUAGUGCUUACAGACUAGUUUAAAUUAAGGUCUGAAAAGGUGUCUCUGAUCAGAGGACAUUUGAGCUGGGGCCACAAGAACUAGGAUUGAGCCAUUUGAACAUCUGGAGAAAGAGGGAUCCAGGCAGAGGGAAAAGUAAAUACAGAGGCCCUGAGGUAGGAACAAGCAGGUUGAGUUCAAAGCAGUGGGGUCAGACCCCCUGAAUGAGCAGGUUGAGUUCAAAACAGUGGGGUCAGGCCCCCUGACUUCCUGCCAAAACUUUAGCCCAGGCUUUCAAAGCCAAGGGUGACAUGGUAGGUACCAAGUUCCUCUACUCCCCACUCUUGAGCCUGCGGUGGUGCUUACUACCAUUAGGUCUGGGUGCUUGGCCUUUGUGAUACCAGGGCCUCAAAGGUGGAAGCUUGGCGAGAGUCAUGGAAGGAAGCUGGGAGCCCAGAGUGCCUGCCACCUGGACACUGGUCCCAUGGUAUGCUGCCUUAGACUGCUGGAGUGGAUGCAAUCAUGACUUUUUUGUAGAGCCUUUUCUAGUUUUACUGAAAAAAAAAAAUUUUUUUUUUCCA